UCUUUCUCUCUCUUUCAGUCUCCCCCAAUUCUCUCUCUCUAGCCACAAUCAACACAGCAAAUCAGCGAAAUCACGCAUACAAAAAUGGCAGCGAUGAGGUCGACAUUGGCAGCAACCUUCACCGUCUUCUUCCUCCUAGCGGCGGCAUGCUCCGCGGCGAAAUCGGCGCCGGCGCCGGCGGUGGACUGCUCGAGCCUGGUGCUGAACAUGGCGGACUGCCUGACGUUCGUGACGGCAGGGAGCACCGCGAAGAAGCCGGAGGGAACGUGCUGCUCGGGGCUGAAAACGGUGCUGAAAACCGACGCCGAAUGCCUCUGCGAGGCCUUCCGCAACAGCGCGCAGUUGGGGGUUACGCUCAACAUCUCCAAAGCCUUGACCCUCCCCGCCGCCUGCCACGUCUCCGCCCCCUCCGUCUCCAACUGCGGCCUAAGCAGCGGUGCCGCACCAGCUCUGGCUCCAUCGGCCGCUCCUCCUAGCAAUGUAGCCGAGACCCCUCGCGGCAGCAUUGGUGCUAGUGAAGUCUCUCCUGCCCCGGCACCAGCCUCUACUCACUCGGCCGCUUCCCCCCUCGCGGCCUCUGUCUCCCUGCUCGUCUUAGCUGCCGCGUCGUUAGCUCUCUUCUAAGAGCAAGGCCGGAUUGGGGAACUUUUUGUGCUGAGAAGGAUGGUGUUUUAGUUCUUUAGAUUUCGGUAUAUAGAUUUAUUUAUUUCAUCUCUACCGAAUUUCUUACUAGUAUUCAUGACAUUGAGAUUGUAUCAAAUUUCUGGUUCCAUUUUGCAUUAUGCUAUGAUGAUUUAUUUAUCCAA